GUUCGUGGCCAUAUUUGUUCGGAUGUAAUUUCCUGCGCAAUUUUAGACAAUGUGUCAGUUGAUACAAAUAGAUUAUAAGGAGGAUACGGAUAUCAAACAUUUUGUUGGAAAUCACCAGGGCAGCGAGGAUACAAAUUUGGAUAAAGCACAAAAUUGCGUCGCUAAAGGUUUCCUGCGUUGUCCAUUGAGAUAUUUGGGAAUUAGACCCAAGAGGCUCUUAUUUGUUUUCACAGUCUUGAUGUUUGCAAACUACACAAAUGGGUUUUGUCCAUCGUCUUUGAAUACAAUGGAAACAGUGAAGAACUGUCCAAAAAGUAAAGAAGAAUGGAAUCAAAGAGCUAUGCUCAAAGAUUGCUCCAAGUUUCAUCAAAGCUGCACAGACAACUCAACGUUUCUUUACCAUUGUCUGCCGAACACAAAUUUGCAAACCCUUGUGGAAGUUUGUGCUCCAAUGAUAUAUGCAUCAGAAUAUUGUUGUGAAUUCAACAGUCUAGGAGCUGUAGUGCAGCGCAACUAUAAGGCAGAUUGUAGAAACUAUUCUCACCCUUGCUUAAAGUCAUUUCCAUCAACGGAAAGUUUUAGAUAUCAAGAAUGUUACGCAAAGAAUUCACAAGUUGCUGUUGAAGUUGAUGAUGGUGUUGAUAAAUCAAAAAAAGACAGAUCUGGUAUUGGAUUUGGAAUCGUUAUCCCGCUUGGUUUUCUGGCAUUUUUCAGUAUUCUAAUGAUAACUGGAUUGAUAUACAUACUGAAAAGAAGGCGAGAUCAUUCCAAGGAUAAACAGCAGUCCACAAACAGUUAUGUGGGGGUCAAAAUGGUAAUAAUUGUAUCACUUUAGCUCUAGUGGUCAGAAAAAGAAGAGUAUAUGCGAUUGUAAUGCGUCCGCCGUUCGUCUGACUGUCU